CUCGCCCAGUCUCUACCACAUCGUCCCCAGGGCCGCAAUUUCCUGUGCGCUGUCUAGUCCCUACCCGCAUCGCUCAACCUCCCGGUGUGGAAGUCGCCGGCGCCGGCGCCGUCCACCGUCCCAGCUCGCCGGACUCCGCGCUGCCCAUGGCAGAUCGCUAUCGCGACUACGCCCCUCACCCCUCCUACGAAAGAGCAGAUCCACAGGGUGGUUAUCCUGAGUAUCUUCCACCUGAGGGCUCUUUAGCAGCUUAUUAUGCUUCAAGAUCUUCUAGUCUACCGGGUGUACCAGAUGUUCUUAGAAACAAUGCAAGUCUACCGGGUGUACCAGAUGUUCUUAGAAACAAUGCAAGUCUACCGGGCGUACCAGAUGUUCUUAGAAACAAUGCAAGUCUACCGGGUGGACCAGAUGUUCUUAGAAACAAUGCAAGUCUACCGGGUGGACCAGAUGUUCUUAGAAACAAUGUAGCGUUUCCACCAAGGGUUUAUGGUUAUGGUUCGGAUGGUCCAGGAGUAGUUAAUCCUGCUGUGCCUGGCCUAAGUGGACUACAUGCUGUAGCUAGGGCACACGGACUUAGUCCUUUGGAAGACCCAUCUUUGGCUGGGCUGAGUGGACUAGCUCCAGCCAGGGCACUGGGACCUAGUAUUUUGGAAGAACCGUCUGUAAUGGGGAGAAGUUCAUCUCUAGGCAAAGGUGUUGGUAUUCCAGAUGUGGAGCGCCACAGUCCACUUCCAAACUUUGACGGGCCAUCAGAAAAUGAAUCCAACAUUCUUUUUGUUGAUUGUCUCCCUACUGAUUGCACAAGGAGAGAAGUAGCCCAUUUGUUUCGGCCCUUCGAUGGUUUCAAGGACAUCAGAGUAGUGCACAAGGAGCCCAGGCGUAGUGGUGACAAGGCUUAUGUCCUGUGCUUUGUGGAGUUUGAGAAUGCAAAAUGUGCACGCGCUGCUAUGCAUAAACUCCGAGCAUACCGCUUUGAUGACAGGAAGCCUAACUCCCCGUUCCUUAAGAUCCAAUUCGCAAGGUUCCCUUUCCGUCUGCCUGCUGCCCAGGACGAUCGCUGAUUGCUGCCUUCCGUCAUCCUCUAGCUAGAAAUAUAGUCCGUGCGGUGGGGAUCUUUAGAUGACCUGUGAUCAGCCUGUAUGUAACAGUAAUGGGCAGUUGACUGAUGAUGCCUUUCAGAAGUCUUGUGUGACACCAACACAAAUGGAAUUGUGCGAUGUGUGCCUUUCUUUGCACCCAUUCACCCCUUUUCUGCAGAUUAGAGUUUUCGUCACCGUCAAAUAUGUUCGAGAUAAUGGGCAUUUUAACUGUUGGUGAGUAAUUCUGUACGUGACGGCAGGUAAAUGCCGAAAAUGUAUCUUGUC